AUGUCGGCUACAAACAGUGUGAGCUUUGCUCCACCUCCAGAUCCUGCCAGUCUUCUUCGUCGUGAAAGAGAAAAUGCAUCUAUUGAUCCAUUGGCCAUGCACAGGUUCAUCGAGGGAAGCGCUGAAAAAUCGAGUCAAAUCUUAAGGUUGUAUAGUUCAUUGGAAAGAGACCCGGUAAUGGCUGCGAGUUACCGUGACUACGAAUUGGACCUUGAGGAACAGCGGGAGCUCACUACCAUGCGUAUCAAUAGAAUGACAAGGUACAUUGAGACGGAUACGGCGUCUGAUUUUGCACGAAGAUUGAACCUUGUGACGAUUUAUGAUCCUUCGAUGGGAAUUCGUAUCAGUGUUAAUCUUGGAUUAUUUCUCAACUGUAUUAGAGGCAAUGGUACAAGUGACCAGUACGAGUAUUGGGCGAAACAUCAUGAAUCUGCCAUUAUGAAACAAAUGUACGGUUGCUUUGGAAUGACAGAAUUGGGCCAUGGUUCCAAUGUUGCUGGCUGCGAAACCACCGCUACUUUUGAUAAGGAAAAGGAUGAGUUUGUUAUCAAUACUCCACACAUUGGAGCCACAAAAUGGUGGAUAGGUGGUGCUGCGCAUUCUGCCACUCAUUCGGUGGUAUAUGCUCGUUUGCUUGUCGAUGGUAAAGAUUAUGGAGUCAAGACUUUUGUUGUUCCUCUCCGUGACUCGAACCACGAUUUGCUUCCCGGUAUUAGUGUGGGAGAUAUAGGUGCCAAAAUGGGCCGUGAAGGUGUGGAUAAUGGGUGGAUCCAGUACUCCAAUGUGAGAAUUCCUCGGUUCUUUAUGCUUCAAAAAUGGUGCCGAGUUUCUGCUGAGGGUAAGGUUACUCUUCCACCAUUGGAGCAAUUGUCUUAUAUCUCACUUUUAGGAGGCAGAGUGAUGAUGGCUGUGGACUCGUAUCGUAUGAGUGCCCGGUUCAUCACUGUGGCUCUCAGAUAUGCCGUGGGAAGACGUCAAUUUAAAAGUCAAAGUACUCGCGAUGGUAAGGAAACCCAGCUUCUUGAUUACCCACUUCAUCAGAAACGACUCUUACCAUACCUUGCAUUGGCUUAUGCCAUGGCGGUGGGUUCUAACAAGUUGGAAAUUCAACAUGGAGAAAUUGUUGCAAACCUUGAAAAGGCCGUAGCCAACAAUGAUAAAAAAGGCAUUGAGCAGUCAAUUGCCCUAACAAAAUCACUCUUUGUUGACUCUGGGUCUCUCAAAUCUACCUAUACCUGGCUCACCGCCGACUGUAUAAACGAGGCAAGACAGCUGUGUGGUGGACUUGGAUACUCAUCGUACAAUGGUUUUGGUAAAACCUAUGGUGACUGGGUGGUUCAAUGUACUUGGGAAGGUGACAAUAACGUAUUGGGAAUGUCAGCUGGUAAGACUAUUAUCAACAACUUGAAGCUUGCAGUUCAAAAGAAUAAGCUGAUAAGUGGUUCUUUAUCGUACUUGUCUCGAGGACGUCAAGGUAUGAGUGACAAGUACGUUUUGGGUCAAGAUUCCGAUGUGGAAAGUCCUGAAAAAGUGUUGGAAGCUUUGGAAACGUUGAUUAUUCGUGUUGCUGGAACUGCCUUGAACACAUUGAGUGACAAUGGCAAUGACUGGGAUAGUAUUAGUCACACUCGUGUUUUGCUUUCCAAGUUGCAAUGCCAUCGCUAUACUCUUUUCACGUUCAUUGAACGUGUAGCGGAAAACAAGGAUACCCAAUUGGAAGAAGCUUUGGUUCUUUUGCUCAAAUUGUACUACCAAGUCAACAUCUUGCAAGCAUUUGCUGGAGAAUUUCUCACCUAUAAUGUCAUGCUGGGUCAAGUGCAAGCUAGCGUAAGCUUGAGAGCCAUUCCUUCCACUUUAACAGCAUUGCGUCCUCAUGCCAUUAUAUUGAGUGACUCGUUCCAGCAGCCCGAUAUGAUCUUGAAUUCGGCAAUUGGUCGCUAUAAUGGUGAUAUUUAUGAAAACUACUAUGGAGUAGUUAAGGCUGCAAAUCCACCUAUCCGUGACAAAGCCCCAUACUCUGCGGCGUUCCAGGCGAUGUUGAACCGACCCGAUUUGCAGACGAGGGAGCGGUUUGAAAAGUGGGGAGCCGCCAAGAUGAAGUUGUCAAAGUAG